UGAAUGACUUCAAACUGACUUUCUGACUGUGUGUAAUCUGUGGAAAACCUGUUCUGUUGUCAAACAUAUCCACUGAUUCACGUUUAGAAAUGGCUGAGUCAGACUCUGGAGCGGUUAUCAGCCGGGUCCACAGAUUGCUGAUGGAUCAAACUGCCCUGAUAAUGGAUCCAGGUGAGCUCUGCUUCCAGUCAAAGGUCUCGUCCUCGGCAGCAGGUCAGCAGAUCUCUAUCAGAGACCCACAGUUACAUAUUAAACUGCUGAGGAGCUCCAGGUGUGCAGACAGGCCAGGCCCCCGGCUCAGCUGCAGUCAGUGUGAACGUGACGACGAUGAGGAUGGAGCUCCUUCUAGUCUUCACAGCGGUGGUCUGCGCCGCCGGGAAGCCGCUGAGCAAGGCGGCAGAGAGGAACAAGCUGCUGCUCAUCUCCUUCGAUGGCUUCAGGUGGGACUACGACCAGGACGUGGACACGCCGCACCUGGACCAGCUGGUGGAGGACGGAGUCAAAGCCAAAUACGUCACCCCCCCAAUGCUGACCAUGACCUCCCCGUCCCACUUCACCACCAUCACCGGCCGAUGGGUGGAGGAUCACGAAGUCGUCCACAACAUGAUGUUUAACGCCAAGACGAACCUAAAAGUUACUCACAAGAAGACUCUGAUCAGAUCCGAAUGGUGGGACAACGGAGUUCUGCCGUUAUGGAUCACAGCUCAGAACCAGGGUCUAAAAACCGCGUCCUUCUACUACCCGGGAGGCGCAGCCAACUACAGCGGCCAGGCGGUCAACCGUGUGCUGGUUACGGAGGCUGGCCACCCGGAUGACAACGAGACUGAGUGGCGUCAGAACAUCGACAAGGUAAUGAGCUGGUUCUCCGAUGAAGACUUUGACCUGGUGACGCUGUACUACGGCGAGCCGGACAACGUGGGCCACGCCAAGGGGCCGGACCACCCGGACAGGAAGAAGAUCAUCCAGCAGAUUGACCGCACCAUCGGCUACCUGAGGGAGGCCAUCAAUCUCCAUAACCUGAACGACAGCCUGAAUGUCAUCAUCACCUCAGACCACGGCAUGACCACCGUCAAGAAGCGACCGCAGGUGGACGAGAUCAUCCUCAACAAAUACCUGAACUUGCUCAAGCUCACCAGCUUUGAGAUACUCGACUACGGCGGGUUUGGCAUCCUGACGCCGCGGCCGGGGAUGGAGCAGGAGGUGUUUGACGCUCUGUCCAAGGCGCCCAAUCUGACGGUCUACAAGAAAGACAAGCUUCCUGAGAGCUUCCACCUCGCCAAAAGUAAGCGGCUGCCUCCCAUCGUGGUUGUCGCAGAUCUGGGAUUCAACCUUAACUCUAGAUUCAUCGUCUACGUCAACAAAGGCGAUCACGGCUACCAUAGCGGAGAGAUGGACAUGAAGGCCAUCUUCAGGGCCUUCGGACCAGACUUUAAGCAGAACUUCGUGUCCGAGCCGUUCGACAGCAUCCACGUCUACCCUCUGAUGUGUAAACUGCUGCAGAUCGAACCGGCGCCGCACAACGGAUCACUGGCUGUGACGGAGAACCUGCUGCUGCACAGCAGUGGAUCCCAGAGAACUCAACUGUCCGUCGCUCUGCUGCUGUCCAUGCUGAUCUUCAUGUUCACUGUGCUGCUGUAACAGAUCCAGGAUCAGCUUCCACCUCCUCAUCUGAAACAUUAUGGAUUGUAAUAAUUUCUUAAUGUUUACCAUGUUGAUGUCGAAGACUUUCACAGCUUCCGUCAGUGUUGCUCAGGAAGCUUUUUCUUGGAUUUAUGUGUCAUUAUAUUAUUAUUAUUAUUGAGUAUUUUAUGUUUAGUUUUUUCCCCCUAUAUAUUACAGCUGCACAGCGAAUACUUCAGUAAAAAUGUUUCACCUCUAAAACAUGUUUUUUUAUGAUGUCCGUGGAGAUGAGUGUCAGUUAGGGAAAGGAUCAAGGCCACAUAUGAAAAAUUUAUAGAUUUUAAUGUCAGAAUUCUGACAUUUGAGUUUUUCCUCAGUGUUGACUUUAAAUUCAGAACUCAAAUACAUUUUUUUCUUCCACAUGUUCCACACAUAAUUCUUCUGUAGUCACUAGGUCUGCUAAGUUAAAUGCAAAUACAUUCAAAUUUGAUGUUAAAUAUUUUAUUUCCCAGUAUAUUAUUUACUGCAGUGCUCAAGGUCCUUUUAUU